AGCAUCUUCUACGUUGUGCUGGCAUAAAAUUUUAUAAAUUGCCUUGAAAACUUUCAUUCGGCAAUUUGUAUGUCAUUUACUCAUCAUUUUAUCCUAUCAUAUUUGCUCACGUUUUCAUUCGUCACUGAAAAUGACUUCUUCAUUUCAAUACGAACACAUGUAUGCUUUUAAAAAAGUCUCGUUUUCUUCAAAUGUUUUGUAAACGUUGUUUGUAUCCAUUUCAAAAUGAACAGUUGCAACAUUAAUUAUAAUAUGUUGCUUCCAAAUUGAAUAUAUAAUUUUUGUAUGCAUGGUUUGUGUAAGCUAAAUAAUACGAAAUUACGAAAAAACUUUUCAUGAUAAUUGUAUAUUUAUACGAUAACCGAUAAUGUUUUGUUUUCUUUAUAACACAGAACAGAAUAUAUUAUGUGUUCUGUGCUGUUUCUUGUGAGGACAUUUAUAAACACAUGACAGUAAAUAAAUUUUUAUUGCAAACUGUGCCCCGAGCAGUGUAUUUGGUGUAUUAAACAGCCGAAGUUUUUUUCUUCCUAAAAUGUUUUGACCAUCCUAUAACGAAAGUCUCGUGCGGGUUUUUGCGUAAAAAGUUUACAAUCAGCCAUGAUUUAGAGAUUUUCAAGAGUUAUGUAAUUGUUUAUAGUGAUAUAGAAACUUUAUUGCGUGAAACAUGCAUGUAAAAUUUGGUAUUGAUGAAAAUGUGUUCAAAAAUCAGCAAAGUUAGCGUUGCCCCCAGCUCUCCCCCCCGACCCUCCCAGAUCAUCGUGCAGUUACUGUAUUUAUAAGUAUUCAAAUAUUUUUUUAAUGAGAAACAUUGUAAUAAAUCUCUAUUAAUCAUUACAUCACUUGUGAAUAUUGUUAUCCACUGCAUUCGCGACAAUCGUCGUAUUUUUACUUUCUCGUUGCAUUUUAAUUACGUUUGGUUGUAAAGUAGUGUUGAACUGUGUACCUGUACACUGUACGCUGUCUUGUUCCUGACAAAUGUGCAUAAUUCAACGUAGAACAAAAGGUACAAAACGGGAAAUUACGCACAUAACAACAGCGUGGCUUUGUGUGAUUAGAAGACGAGAUAUGUGUACAAAUAUCAGUAGCAUUUGAACUAGAGUUAAUACAGCUCAAGAACUUGGCAAAACUAUAGCUCGGUCACCAGACUGCGUACGGUUAAAACUUGUCUAAUCUUUGUUUCCUUGAUCAUUAUGGAAAACAAGUCUAGAUAAGACGUGAAUGUUAUAAGUGACAUAGCCUACACUUAAACUGGAGAUUUGUGAAUACCUUAUGCAAAAGCAAAAUGAAUCAAAAGACAUGGGAAGAGAGAGCCAAAAAACUUGAGCAAAAAUAUGUUCACAGUGUUUAUUCAAGACAGGCACUAAGUUACGAUAACUUGUGUGAUAGUCCAUGGCCGCAAAUUGUAAAUUUCUUGUUUAGUUUACAAUCAGGAAGUUUUGUUGCUGAUAUAGGUUGUGGUAACGGCAAAUACCUUACAUUACGUAAUGAUGUCAUCAUUCAUGGGGCAGAUAUAUGUUUUGAGUUAUCUCAGCUGGCUUAUAAACGUCAUAGAAAUAUAGUAGUUGCUAAUAAUUUAAAACUACCAUUCAUUACUUCAUCAAUGGAUGCCGUUAUAUCGGUAGCUGUACUUCAUCAUUUUGCUUCUAUACAAAGAAGGCGUUGUGCUCUGAGAGAGCUCGUUCGCUUACUUAAGCCUGGUGGUCAAAUUCUAUUAUACGUAAUUGCUUGGGAACAAAAACAUCGAAAGUUUGACUCCCAAGAUGUUCUUAUUCCUUGGACACUUGAAGCUGGCAAGAAUCAUAGCAUCAUUAAUGUCAGUGAGAACUGCAAAACUAAAGAAACUAAUAUUAUUCAGUCCCAUAAUUUACUUACAAGCAAAUUUAACGGGACAGCUGCUGGUCACACGAGAAAGAAACUAAGAAUGAAAGAAGACGAAACCUCAGAGUUUAAAGAAAAACAUCUUUGUACAUCUCUUUUUGAUGCUUUUGAAUUGUUUACGAGCGAAACAAAAAUAAAACUUCAAAGUUUUGCAAACAGCCGGAAGAAUGUCCGCGAUGUUGUACGAACAAAUAGUGAGUUCAAUUUGAACUACAAUGAUAACGUUCCUGGUACAUCUGCACAAGCUAACGAAGUCUUGCUUGCUACACCAAAUAUGAAGCAAAACUUUCAGAAAAAAGAAAUUCCAAAUUUUUUUUCUAAAGAUGGUAAGAAUGUAUUGGAUCUAAAAAGUCAGAAUUCUUCUCUCCAUACUGACCGCUUUCAAAGAUUUUACCACGUUUUUGUAAAACAUGAACUAGCAGAGCUUGUGAGAGAGGUUUCUGGAUUGAAAAUAAUAGAGCAGUUUUACGACCAUGGAAAUUGGGUUGUCAAAGCAGCAAAGAUGCCAGAUGUGGCUGACAGUAAAGACAUUGGUUCAUUGGCUAGUGUUCAUUUGAAAGUUCUUAUACUGCUCAAAGUGGAUGGUUCAUAAUAAUUGUGUGCUUGACAACUCCUUCAGACAUGAUUACAGCGGGUGAUAAAACAACCUCUCAGUACCAAAGCCAGAACGUUUUUUACACAUGGAAUCAAUGCAAAUAUUUGACUUCAUUCACUAGAAAUCAAUUUUCUGCAGAAAUGCAUACAAAACAUGAAAUGCUGUAAUGUUGAACAUGAAGUCAAACACCGGAGAAUGCCAUAGUUACGGCUCAGAUAUUUCUGACGUAUGAUAUUUCACAGAUGACUUUGAACAACACUGUUCUUGUAACUCAGAAGUAACAAUAAUAAAUCAUUCAACAACAAUAAACGCUAAACCUUCGCCUUCUCAAA